CACGUCGGCGCGCGGGUGGGUGUGACGCAGUUGCCCAUGGUAACCCCGGGCCGCGCCGAGGAUGGGUUUACUGUCAAUCUUGCGCAAACUAAAAAGCACUCCAGACCAGGAGGUGAGAAUCCUCCUCUUGGGACUGGAUAAUGCAGGCAAGACCACACUCUUGAAACAGCUGGCAUCAGAGGACAUCAGCCACAUCACCCCAACACAGGGCUUCAACAUCAAAAGUGUACAGUCUCAAGGCUUCAAACUGAACGUAUGGGACAUAGGCGGACAGAGGAAGAUCAGACCAUACUGGAGGAACUAUUUUGAAAACACUGAUAUCCUUAUCUAUGUCAUUGACAGUGCAGAUAGGAAGAGGUUUGAAGAAACAGGUCAGGAGCUGGCUGAGCUUUUGGAUGAAGAAAAGCUUAGUGGAGUGCCCGUGCUCAUAUUCGCUAACAAGCAGGAUUUGCUGACGGCUGCCCCUGCUUCGGAGAUUGCCGAGGGACUGAACCUGCACACAAUCCGGGACAGAGUCUGGCAGAUCCAGUCUUGUUCAGCUCUUUCAGGAGAGGGAGUACAGGCAAUCAUGCAGAUUUCUAAAGCACACAAUCAAGUCAAAGGCUUGACACCUCUCCUUCCAGCCCCAUUGUUAAGCCCUGGCAUUCCUCAUGCAGGGAAUCACUCGCUCCCUCUCUCUCUAAAGUGAUAAGCUUUAAACCAUGCUAUUGAUUGCUUAAGGCAUUACAUGUUUUACACCUAGGUUAUCAGUGUUAUUGAAAGGGGAAGACACAAAGCUACCGGGCCUUAAAAUGAAUCUACCUCUCAUCUUUUCCCAUUUGCUCAGAGGAUUUCAGACAAUUUGUUUUACACUGAUCUCUGCUGGGGAGAUAAAUAAAUGAAACUGGAGACACCAACCCUCCCCAAGGUUAGAGUUAGAAGUGUUAUUAGUGUAGGGCCUCAUGUGCACCCCAGCACAAACUGGGCUCACUUAUUCUUUAUUUAACACAGCAACAAGGGCUGAUUUCAAAAGUUGCUGCUCCCCUUCAGAUAAGAAGUGUCACAUAGCGCAGUUAUCAAGGUGAAUUGGUAUUUUCAAGUGAGAACCUCUCUGCUUCUGAUUAAGCCCUGAGGACUCCCUCUCUUCUCUCUUAACUCUUUAGCUCCCCUCUGACAUGGCCACCACCUUUGUGGCUGAGGGACAGCAUAGAAGCACAGCAGUGAGUGUCAGCUCACCCAAAGGGCCUGCUGUACUCUGCCUUGGGCUGCCUGUCCUUGGAGAAGCCGAGGUCCUUGGCAGCCUUUUGGCAGUCAGGGAACAAGGGAAUAGGAAAUCAGCAACACUGCUACCGUAGGGCUACCAGUGAUGUUUGCCCAAAAGCUCUGACCUUUCUUAGGGUCUAACUAAGGUUGUUGUGGUAAUGAUAGAAAAAUGACCACUGAACAUAAUACAGUGAAAUCCCUCCACUCUGAACUCUGAGGUGAUUCUUGCCUGACUUCCACACAAAGAUGUGCUGCUCCUCUCUCAUCCCCAAAACCCUACCUUUUGCCUUCAGCCUCCCUAUCUGCAGAGAUACCUUGUAGACAGGACAGAGGUAAGGGAUUUGAUGGCACAAAAAUAUGAGGAGACUGUGCAUCUUUCACUCCAUUGGGCACGUCUCCUAACAGAUAAGUGACAGGAGCAGAUGAAGCUUUGGCUUUCAAUAGCAUAUCCCAUUCUGGGAUCUCAGCAAUAAACUCACAAAUCGGGUAUUCACAGCACAACUGUUGCCAUCCUGCUUGCACUGGCCAGAGAGGUCACCCACACAUUUUUACAGAGAUACCUUAAGGAGUAUAUCAGCCUCUUAAAACAGGACCACAUAGCUUCUCACUGAACCCCUGUGGGAUCACUGAGGGCCCAUUUUCUGUGGGGGCCCUGAGGAACAGGGAGCAGGGUCCAGGUCUGGUUGUUGCAGUGACUUUCAUGGAUCUGGAUUUCAAGGCUUGCAGAUGAACAGAGAAUUAGACUUGUUUUCUUAACAGGGGGCUGACUGUACAACAAGCAGUCUCCUAAAAUCCAGUCUCAAAGAUAAGAUGACUUUGUCCAAGAUUACACAAAUCAUCUGUAGCCAAACCUGGAACAGGGCCUUCAUCUGCUACUGACGUACCUUGACUGCAAAGUGAUCCUUCCUCGUAGGACCUACACGUAGUGAUGUGAUGAGAUGAUGGUACUUUUUUAUGGUCAGAUGAAAGAUUUAAUAACCUCUGUGUGACAACAUCUACCAAGCAAGGAAGCACUUAUUUUUUUUAACCCACAGUGGUUUUGGGGAC